GCUGCGUCCAGAUUGACACCCGUCGAGCUGCCCCUCGAGCCCGCAUACACGCCGGCCUCUGAUGUAUCAGUCAUUAUCCCGACGUUCGGGGCGGGAGUUGAGUUCGAACACUCUAUCAGGACUUUCCUGGAUAACGAACCACUCGAGAUAAUCAUUGUGUCGACAGUCUCCAUGAAGGCAUCGCUUCUGCCAUUGAUCAGCCGCAUUGCGGACUCCUCGCCGACUGUGUGCACCAGAAUCCGGGCGCUCUUUGUUCCGUCACCGGGAAAGCGUCGACAGCUCGCCCGGGGGAUCCGCGAGGCCGAGGGCGGUAUCCUAGUCCUCGCUGAUGACGAUGUGUUUUGGCAGCCAUCCACGUUGAGGCUGAUGCUGGCCUGUUUCGAAGACGAGCAAGUCGCUGGAGUCGGCACGAUCCAUGAAGGCAGGCGCCCGGGCGGCCCAAAGGCAAUUGGUUUCUCCACAGUCUGGGAGCACCUUGCAGACUGCAGGCUCCAGCGAAGAGCCCACCAAAUAGCAGCCAUGAAUUACCUCGACGCGUCCGUGACCUGUCUCUCGGGCAGGACCGCCGCGUAUCGUGCUUCGGCAAUAAAGCAAAGCAGAUUCCUUGAGGCCUUCACAAAUGACUACUGGAUGGGAAAAUACCUCUUGGACUCCGGGGAUGAUACGUUUCUCACUCGUCAUUUGUUGCGGGAAGGGUGGAAGAUCAAAAUUCAGACACAUCCAGACGCAGUCAUUGCCACAACGCUUGAGCCUUCAUCGCGCUUCAUGUUGCAGGUCCUUCGGUGGUCGCGCAACGCGACGCGCUCGUAUCUCAGAUGUAUUUUCUGCAUCCCAAUCCUGUGGCGGACUCAUCCUUUGUUACUCUUGGAGAUGGCUUUGGCCCUUGUCAACCCUAUCCUCAAGCUAAUGGAGCUGGCCAUGCUCGCCAGCUGUUGGUACACGUGGGUUUGCAGCGAGUUUCAGAACGAACCCGGCCUGGAGAAUGCACGCCCUCGGUUAGACCUGUCAAACGAGAUGUUUGGCGUUGCGCUGAUGAGUGCUCGGGCGCUGUUGCUCAUACAGAAGCUCUGCAUGGGCGACGACUCUACCAAGCUGUUCUUCGCUCAAUACCUGUUCAACUUUCUCUACCCUUUUGUUCGUGUCUACACUAGUUUGACGCUUCACAAGACGGAGUGGGGUUCACGAAGUAAUAGAGUCGCCGGAAGCGCAUGACUCUCAAAUGUUGCUUGGUAGCCAAUGUAAUGAUGACGAAGAACAAAAAUGAUUCUGUACGACACAGAUUCUGGUCAAAUAUGACAUAGAUACGACCUCACUUACUUAAUCUACAGUGAUCGAACAGUAGACAAACAUACAAUGCCGGACUUGUGUGAAGCUCAUGAAUAAUGGAGGGC